AUAAUUUGCUUCUUGUACGGCUUUCUUACAAAAAAAGGAAAAAGCCACUAAAGCUGGAAUUACAUCCACCCGUACGCCCUCAUUGAAAAAUAAUGAAUGUGGAACUGCCUUCUAGUGUGGAACUGCACAUACAUCAUUCUGCACAGCGAAGGUCAAGCAUCCAAGUGAAAUAAUAAUAAUACAAAACACGUUUUUGAUUGGAUGGAGGCUUUAAGUCUCGGCAAAAUGGAAAAUUGCAGCGAGGGAUGCUUUUAUAAACGGUGGAGGUGUUUCUCUUCCUUGUGUCUGUCGGUGUGUAUCUGUAUCUCAGAACUAGGCCAGAGCAGUGUAAACAUCUGGCUCACUCAAGUGCUUGCUGCCUGUUGAGUCCAUGACAGAUGGAAAGGGAGCGUAUGGCUCAAACACUUCCAUCUUUGACCGUGCCGCAGUUGUCUUCCCAAAAUAGCCUGCACUCCACGGCCUUAUAUGUGCAGGCCUUCAGCGUGUGCCUGAGGGGGCAUCAUGUAUCUAGGCCACACAAUGCAGGCUGGGGGCUCAUUGUUGCUGCCUACCAGCAGGCCUAUCACCGCCCCGGGGACCAGGCCUCUCUUUACGUCUCGGGACAGCUCAGCAUGCAUCUCACUCAGCUCAACCGUGAGUGUCUCCUCCACCUUUUCUCCUUCCUGGACAAGGACAGCCGCAGGAGUUUGUCCCUCACCUGUCAUCAGCUGCGCGAGGUCUUCCUGGACCCCUGCCUCUGGAAUCUACUGCACUUCAGCUCCCCAUGUCAGCUGAGAAAGGACAACUUUGUGCUGGGACCCUCACUGCGUUACCUGACUAUAUGCUGGCAUUCCAGCAGGGUCCUGCAAGUGUGCAACAUCGAGGACUGGUUGAAGACCUCGUUUCAGAGGGACAUCUGCAGUAAACAUGAAAGCCUUGUCAGCUCUUUUCUGGCUCAUGUCUGUCACAUGUGUCCCAACCUGCUUUCGCUAACCCUGUCUGGCUGUGGACACAUCACUGACCAGGAUCUGAUCUCUGUGCUGCAGAGCUGCAGAAAGCUGCGGUGCCUCCAUCUAGAGAACUGCGUCCGCAUCACCGACUGCAGCCUGCAGGGUGUGGUGGCUCACGGAGGCAAUCUGGAGGAGGUGAAGGUGGACUUCUGCAGGAACAUCACUCAGGUGGGGCUGCAGGGCUGCAGGGAGAGGAGGCCGGACAUCCAGCUGAGCGCUGAGAGAAGCGCUGAUAUGAUCCCUGACAGCAAACCUGAGGAGAAGGUGCCGCUCAGGAGGACACUGCAGAAAGUCCUGCAGUUCUCCUGAAGGACACAAACACCCACAAACGCUGGGACCACUGAGAAGAAUAUGUCUGUAGCUUAUCAUGUGAGGACUUGACUGCAAUGCUUUUGCUUUGGUUUGUGUUUGUACUUAAUAGAAGUGUUUUGCACCUUUUUUUUUUUUACACCAUUUUAUACAACACGUUUUUCUUACAAAUACACAAUAAGUCUUAUCAAAACAAUUGGUCUACUAAAUAGUUUGUAAUUGGUACAAAUCGAAGUGAUGUAAUUAUUGAUGCAAUUUUAUAUGUGAAUUAUUAAUUAUUAAAGGAACGAAUCUUUUAGGUAA